CGUCGAGCAGAGCAUUUACCACAAAAGUUGCAAAGGUUUAUGAAUUCUGCUUAAAAAUUAUAAUCGAAUACGAUGAGUAAUAUCUAUAUCCAGGAGCCUCCGACAUCCGGAAAGGUUCUUCUGAGGACCACCGUCGGCGAUAUCGACAUUGAACUGUGGUCGCGCGAAUGUCCAUUAGCUUGCCGGAAUUUCGUGCAGCUCUGCAUGGAGGGUUACUACAAUGGAACGCUAUUCCACCGUAUGGUGCGUGGUUUUAUAGUGCAAGGUGGUGAUCCUAAUGGCGAUGGUACUGGUGGAGAGUCCGUAUACGGACAUCCGUUCAAAGAUGAAUUCCAUUCGCGCUUGCGGUUCGUGCGUCGUGGCCUGGUGGCAAUGGCCAAUUCCGGAAAAAACGAUAAUGGUUCGCAGUUCUUUUUCACACUUGGAGCCACGCCGGAAUUGCAGAAUAUGCAUACGUUGUUUGGAAAGGUGGGUGGGGAUACAAUCUACAAUAUGCUGAAACUUGAGGACGGGGAAGUAUACGAAAAUGAGCGACCGCAUUUUCCGCAUAAGAUCCUGAAGACCGAAAUUCUGCUUAAUCCAUUUCCGGAUAUCGUUCCGAGAGUGCUGAAAGAAAAGAAAUCCGAACAAAAGGUAGAGAAGCGAAAGAAAGAAAAGGGUGUUAAGAAUUAUGGACUGCUUUCGUUCGGUGAUGAGGCCGAAGAGGAGGAGCAGGAAACUAACGAUUUUGUUCAGAAAAAUAUGGCUGGAAAAGGAAAAAGCUCUCACGACGUUUUGGACGAUUCCACUCUAAGCAAGCAGGCUGCCUCCGAUGAGCAGUUGAAAAGUAGUAAAACCAGCCGACGGGAUUCAGGCGACUCUGCUUCUGAUUCCGCUUCGGAAAAAGACCGUAAAUCUGCAAGCGUUCGUGACCAAAACCGGGUAGAAGAUGAAGCCAAAAAUGUUAGGGAAAAAUUAAAGCAAAAAAAGCGAGAAGUAGCAAAAGAUUCAUCCUCAGAUUCGGAUUCCGAUUUUGGGUUGGAAAGCGAGCGUAAAAAAGCCAAAAUGCAGGAAGCUGCAAAAAUUCGAGAAGAAAUUAGCAAGCUUAAGAAAGACUACCAAUCGGACAAACGAAAGGAUCGUGACAAGGCCCAGAAGGAAGAAACCAGCAAGAAGAAAAAGGAAGCAACUAGCGAAGUUAUGAAAGAAUUCCUCUCUGUUCAAGAGCAGUAUUCGGAGAAAAAGCAACAACUGCCGAAGAAGGGUGCCUCGAGGGAGAACUUUACCCUUCAACUUUUGGCAAAGUUCAAGAAUAAGUUGCAAAAUGUGCAAGAGCAAACCGGCGAUGAUGAGUCGGCGGCUGGAGGAAGCCGCGAGGAGCCUGAUGAAGAGGAAGACAUUCGGACUGAUAACUGGCUUGCGCAUCGGUUACAGUUCGAAAAGACAGAUCCAAUAUUGGCCAAGGACGCGGUCACCAAGGAUGACGAUUGGUACGACGUGUAUGAUCCAAGAAAUCCUCUAAACAAACGUAAACGUGGCGAAAAGGUGCAGACGAAGGACAAACCGCGAAAAUAAGGUACGCUUUAUGUUUGGUUUGGGACAGGAAAUUUUAUUGUGAGUUUAAUGUAAGUUUAUGUGUAAAUUUCUUCCUCUGUCAUUAAAAGAAACAUCAUCACCUUCCAGUGAAGUUGGCUAAAGCUAACCUAAUCUUAGUUUAUCUGCAAGCAAUAGUUUGUACAACUAAAAGCACUAUCAAUUCUUAAUUUACAUAUUAAAAUGGUCGCUAGUUUUCGACUGGAAUAUAUUUAAAGACCAGUGAUAUGGAAACAAGUAUCUAGGUAUUAAAAUUAUCGUUAAAUUGCGCGCUUUAGAAUGUUGAAAACGAUUAAAACCUUAAU